AUGGCUGCCAUGACGGUCUUGCUCGUGGCUGCUGUUUUGUCUCCGGGACUGGCGAUCUUACGAGAGGACGUCUUGCAGAUGGUCGGAGACUACUUCGAGUACAUCCGAGCGAGACAAGUGACCCUGUUAACCUGUUCAACUCUAGAUGCCCACAAGUUAGGGCGGCGUCUGGGGGGAGCACGCACGUGGGUGUUCGCCCCGGGGCCCAGCCAGGGGGCAGCUGCCGUGGAGGCGGCAGCCCGCCAGGACUACCACAAGUGCGGCUUGUUCCUCGACCUGGACUGUCCCGAGGGCGAGCGCGCCUUGCAGCUGGCCUCGGACCGCCGCCUGCUGAACGGGAGCUACCACUGGCUGGUGUGGUCGGCUGGGACGAGCUUGAGGGAGUCCGAGCUGGAUCUCGAGCUGCGAGUGGACAGCGAGCUGGUGUGGGCGAGCCCUGACGGAGAGGAUGGUAUGCUGCUGCACGAGGUGUACCGCGUGGGAACCGGCACGCCCCUUGUGCACGCCACGGCGGGGAGCUGGGCCAAGCCUGGGGGUUUGCGCCUCCAGCCCUUCACCUACAAGUACCUCCAACGGCGGGACCUCGCAGGCGUACGGCUGCGUACCGGCAUCACGGUGAGUCCCCCGCAGUGGAUCAACGCACCUCUGGAGAAUCCAAAAGUUAACUUGUUGAAGUUGGAGAACCGGCAGCUGGAUGCAAUGGCCACCUACAACUAUGGCCUGUACAUCAUGCUCCAACAGCAAUUCAACUUCACCAUGGACCUGGUGGUGACGGACAAGUUCGGGUUCGUGGUGGAAGACGGAAACUACGACGGCCUCACUCGGCUGAUCGGAGAGCAGCAGGUGGACACGGCCAUCUCGACGCUGCUGAUGAACCGGCCGCGCAUGGACUACGUCGACUACAGCACCGGCUACGGCUGGGAGUUCCACAUCUGCGCCAUCUUCCGGCACCCGUCAGAGUCGGGUGGCACGGACGCCCUUGUCAAGCCUUUCUCGGGCAGCACGUGGCUGUGCACGUUCCUCAUGUGGUUCGUGAUAGCCGCCUUCCUGAAGGUGUUGGCGUGGGUGCAACCACACUAUGCUGAUGUGACAGGCGAGGAUGCUGAGGAGAUACCCUCGUGGAGCGACCUCAUGCUUCUUGUCGUCGGCAUUGUCGGCGAGCAAGGUACUUGGCUGGACUCGAAGUGGUUCACCUGGAGGUUUGUGUUCUUCUUGAUGCUGCUACUGACUGUUCUCCUCAACACAUUCUAUGCCGCCAUCGUGGUGUCUACCCUGCUAAACCAGCAGGCACAGACCAUCAACACUGCCAAGGAUCUCAUUGACAGUCACCUGCAUUUCGGGGCCGAAGACAUCAUCUACAACAGACCUUAUUUCGAGGUGGUUCUGAAAGAAAAUUUUGCAUUCCACACAGAAGCAGUUAGAGCUUAUCCUGUUAUUGAGAGCAUGUUCCCGGAUGAGAAGAAAUGUGCUCUAAAGGAGAUAGAGUUAUUCCCUGUGGAGAUGGGCUUCUUUGCAUUUCCCUUCAUGUCUCCCUACAAGAAGAUGUUCACUUAUGGAAUGCGCAAGAUUGCAGAGACUGGCCUGUGGCAGCACCAGAACCACGAGUGGCGUCCCUCCAAACCCACUUGUGCUUCUACGGGUGCCGAGGUCAUCAGUGUCGACUUGUCGUCACUCACUCCGGCGUUCGGUCUGCUGGCGAUCGGCUGUGCACUUUCCAUGGUUGUGCUGGUGCUGGAGAACCUUCACGCCAAGUUUCACCAUCAGAAAUUCUCUGGGAACACAUUCUGA